AUGGCCUACGAUGGGUACCAGUCGCAUCCCAAUCCGGGCUAUCAGACGGGCAUGGGCAAUAUGAAUAACGACCCCAACGAAGCACAUGGCUAUGCCCCAUCCCCCCCUUAUCCCCAAUACUAUGAAUCCGACCAUAUCAACAUGCCCCAUCCACAGAUGCCGUCCAGCACAUCACCAGCUCCUGUCCAGCAAAACUACGAAUACCCAGAACCACCCCGACCGGGCAAUACGAACUCUGGCCAUAUCAACGACGCUGUCAACUCAGCUGUGUAUAACAACGCAAACUCCAACUCUUAUCUUUCUCCCGAAGUCCUGUCGCAGAUCACCUCGACCGUUAUCCAGCAGCUCAAGGCAUCUGGCAUGGGCGACAUGCAAUCCCCUCAAAACACCCAACAACAAUACCCACCCCCACCUCCUCGACCACAGUCAUAUUCGCAGGCCCAGCAGCCCUCCUGGGCACCCCCACCAGCCGAUCUCCCACUACGUCCCCAGUCUGAAUCCCCCCCAGUUCCACAUGCGCAACGAAGUGGGUCUAUCCCGCCUCCAGGUGCAAUGCCAAAUAGCUUCGACAUUCCGCAGCCCUAUUCUGGCUAUACAAGUGAUACCCGAGCUGGCUCCAAGCCGUCACAGGAUCCGAUGGCGCGCAGAAGCGGCUCGAUCUCCAGCCAGGGCAGUGUGAAAACAGAGUCCCGACCCAAACCACCGGAUCGAGAUGCAACGGUCAUGGAGAUGACAACACUGGAGAAAGUUUGGGGCAAGCUUUUUGCAGAUGAUAAGCCGACGAAGAGGCUCGGACAAUUUUUGCGCGGAAUUGCGAUGCAUCUGAUUGAGGAUUACCCUCCCCGGAACACUAUUGUUAUUGUUCCACAGAAGCUGCAGAAGUUCUACGCAGACACACAGGUGCCAGCUGAUGCAAAUUAUCCAUGGAAAGAUAUUUUCGAUGACAACACUUCUUCUAUCUCUAGACUGUUCCGAGAAAUCAAGGCCGAGCAUCACCUCGUCCAGCUGGAUGAUCUCACGCAGCGACCUGAUAUUCCUGGCCUGACGCCCAAGGGUUUCGAGAUAUGGGCUACACUCAUGAUCCAAGCCCAUCCGGACCGUGAGUACGCACGCCUGCAGAAGGCCGUGCUCAACAUGCCGAUCAACAACCCGGACGACAGGAAAGAGCGAUUCCCCAAAGAAAUCCCCCGGCGCCUGUUCCCCGAGGUCGCGGAUCUGAAGAUACGAGAAACCGUAGAGUUGCACAUCAUGAAGCACUGCGGCGUCGAUCUCCCUGCCAUCACCGAUGAAGAGCGAGCGAAAGCCAACCGCCCAAAGACCUCUCCUGUCAACAGCGGUCGCCGUAGUGGUUUCAACAGCUCGAGAACCUCUUCUGCCGAAAGAAGUCGUUCUUACGAGCGAGGACGACCCCCACCAGCUGCUUCAUCGUCCACCGCCGUCCUGGACGAUGAAGAUGAAACCAUCGCCCCAGCCCCCAUUGAACGUGAGCGAAAGCCUUACUCUGCCAAUCCUGGGGGUGGAAAGGUCUACAAUGAAUCCGAAAAUCCUCGCAGUCACAGGGAGUCUUUCACCGCACGGCCAUCAGAUAUGCCGUCUCUAUCCACUCCCAGCCACCGAGCUUCGACCUCCACCAUCCAGCGCUCCCCAACUCGGGACUCCCUGUAUGCCCAGCGCACUGGUUCCGGUCCGGCCCCUCACUCUCGGCACUCGGGUGGGCGCACUCGCACAUCGCGCAGCUCUUCGCGCAGUGUCGAUGGGUACAGACACUCGGAAAGUGACUUGCUAAGCCGGGAACAUACUCCGCGAUACGGUGGCGUGUCAGCGAAUGAUUUGUAUGUGGGUUCUCCGACUUCUAUGUCAUCUGAUGCAGAUGAUACUGCCCGUCGCCAUGCCUCGCACCGCAAUAGUCGCACCGAUGAAGAUUACUACCGUGGUAUGCUUGGUGGACAAGGAGGAGGUCCCAAGUAUUACUGA